AUGUUCCAAUUUAGAGAAGAGCAUUAUUACUCAUCGGCAACGACAGACUUGCGUGCUGUCGGAAGCUCCGUGAACACUCGCAUGGAUGAUAUCUUGUCGGCAAAAAGCAGCACACGUGGCUUCAUCAAGAAUUUCCGAAAACACCUGGACGACGUCAAAGGAAAGGCGCUUUCCGACAGCGAGAAAACCGAAACCUUUGGUAUACCUCGUUUUUUGGAAAGAAACGGUCUUACUUUGGAAACUCGUCAUUCGAGCGAGAUGCGCAAUAUUAUUGCGAAUGAUUUACAGGAGUCUUGGAAGGAUAUGUAUCAGGGCAUGAAAUCUACUUAUGCAAGAGACAACGUACCUGCAGGAAUUGCUAAAUAUGUUCCAAAAUAUCUGGACAAGCUAAACAGCCUGGUAGCAUCUCCAAACAAAUUGUACAACGCGUGGCACAUCGACAAUGAUGACCUUUUUGCCCAGACAUACUGCACUGAAUCACCGUCCACUGCACGAGGUUCUGAGGUCCAAAUGUGUACCUGCUGCAAAAGAUUCCUGUCCGAGAAGCUUAUCGAUAGGUCGGUUGAUGUAGAGAUUGCCAGCCUUCUAGCAUCUGCAGAAAGCUGUCAGGUCUGCAACCUACUCAUCAGAGUGUCCCUUGAUGAUAUGACCGAUGACGGGAGCAUCAAAUUCUUUCGAACAAGAACGGGUCUCAACACAAGCUCAAGUGGAAAACGUCUGGUGAGAAUCAGCGCUUACACAAACACAUCCAGCUGGACGAAGAACUCAGUACCGCUCGGCCGCCCUAUCUUGCCUGACCCAGAUCGCACUAUGAGAUUCCACCUGCUCCGUGCGUGGACUCACUGGUGUGAUCAAAAUCACGGUUGCAAUAAACCAGCUGACGCCGAUCCUUGGUUCCCAACCAGGGUUCUCGACGUUGGUGGCCUAGAAGACAUUGGUUCUCCUCCUGGCUGGAUCCGACUGGUUCACGCGCAGGAGAGGAGGAGUGACACCUACGUCACGUUAUCUCACUGUUGGGGCAACCUUUCAGACGCGCAGAAGAAGGGCUUCUGUACGAGCCAGGAAAACUUGAGCCGUCGCUGCUCCGGAUUCCAUGUGUCUGAACUUCCCAAGACUUUCCAGGAUGCCGUGAAAGUUACAAGGGCUCUUGGCCUCUCCUACGUAUGGAUCGAUUCGCUCUGUAUCAUUCAAUCUGGGGAUAACGGAGAAGAUUGGAAACGCGAGUCUGUUCAGAUGCAGAAUGUCUAUUCGCAGGCUUAUCUGACGAUCGCCGCAACAGCAGCUGCCGAUUCCCUGUCUGGGUUUCUUGAUAGGAACUACCAACCUGAGUACCUCUCUUAUCGUGACGACACCAGUCAGCGAUUAUUUGUUAGCACUGAUAUCGACGACUUUGACAUUGAUGUUGGUGGAGCUCCACUCAAUCAACGAGCGUGGGUAACACAAGAGAUGGUGCUUUCUAGAAGGACCAUAUACUUCAGCACCAAACAGAUGUACUGGACCUGCGGCGAGGGUCUCUAUUGUGAAAAUCUUACUAAGCUCAAAAGCCCGCCAAACAACAUAUACUUCACACUGGACCCGGCCUUUCCGACCAGAGUGCGUCGCACGAAUGCUCACGAUCGCGUCGAGAACUGUAUCCGCUUCCUCGUCGAAGACUACACCAGGAGAGCACUCACGUUCUGGAAAGACAGAACAGCCGCCAUCUACGGCUUGGAGAGGAGUGUGGCAGAGGGUCUUCGCUGUGAAGGAAGAUACGGGAUUUUCGAGCCAUGUCUGCAUCGUAACCUGCUUUGGCAAUUGACGGAUCAGAAGACCCAGAAGAUCGACUACGAAGGCACGGUGCCAUCAUGGUCGUGGAUGGCUUGUACCGGCCCAGUGAAGUACUCGAAGAUAUACUGGAAAGUGCCGGUAUUAAAUGUCAACCUCGCCUUUCACAAGACACGCAGGGAUGCUUUAGAAGCAGAUUUAGGAAGCUUGGUCGAUUGUGCACUGAAGCUAGACAGAGACGACUUUGCUUUCAUCGACAGCACGGGAGUCAGUGUUGGAUGGCUCAAGCUCGACGUCAAAGACGACGAGAGCAUGAAUGCUGCUCUGCAUUGUGUAGUUGUGCUCAGGUGUAACAGGGAUGGCUAUUCCAGUGACCCGUCAGAGUAUUGGUUCAUUGCUGUUGUGCCCACUGGAGCCGAGAACGAGUACAAGAGAGUUGGGCUGGGCGCCGUCGAGUGUCGCUUUGUCGCUAAAGUCCAGGACAGCGUACAAAUCGUUUGA